GGGGGAAAAUACAUAGGUGACUGCAUGAAUAAAUGAAAUAGUACAUAUAAAACACGAAAAACGGGUUUACUAGAGAGAGAUAAAGACCUUUUAAAGAUACCCAUGAGUGGUGAUAAGAUACCAAUCUCAUACAAAAUUAGUUAAUUUAGUUAACUUCCUAACGAGUUACUCCAUUGCCGUCUUGAUUGGCUUAUUUUUGCAAAACUAUUACGGAGAUACGGUUGGACCUUUGUGAAUUCUGACAUCUAAGGACGAAUAUGCCGUUUAGAAAACAGAAAAAGCCUACUGGGCUUAUGGCCCUUGCCGGAGAGACAGCGAAGAUGGCACAAAGCAUGAUGGUUCUCAAUAAAACAGAAGCUGCUCUCGAGAAGGAGUUGGAGAAAGAUGAGAAAAAAGUCAAACCAACAACUAAAAUUGGAAGAAUACGUCAUAAGGGAGCACAUAUGAUACAUGGGAAAUAUUUACUUCUGAUGGUGGUAGUUCUAAACGUUUUAGAUUGUUUACUCGUGCUUGGUACAUUAAUGCUGGACAUCAAAUAUGUGACAGAUUUAUUAACGAGAGAGUAUGAUAGAUCGGGACACUUUAUCAGCGACAUGAUAGAUCUGUAUCCUGCGAGGCUUGGAUAUAUCAGUGAAGAAAACAUCGAAGCACUCGAGAAAGAAAUUCUCGCGGCUCAUCUUUCGUGGCUGAAAAGCACACAUCCAAAAUACAUGAACAGCAAUGAAACUAACUCAGGAAAUAACCAAACCAAUUCACAAACAGACACAGUUCUUACAACGACUAUACCAUCUGCAUCAACUGCCGUACGAAAAAGAAGAGCGUCUGAUGGUCAUGAUCAUACUAUAAAUAGUAAUCAAUCAGAUGACAUGGUGCACGUGGAGCACGAAGAACAUCACGAGUAUCAUACAAUAGAAGAAGAGAUUGCACACGCAUUGCAUAAAGCGUCAAUAGUGAUUCUAGCAAUACUUGUCGUUGAGACGUUUUUCAAAGUAUUUUGUCAGGGCAAAGAGUUGCUAGAGCAUAAACUCGAGUGUUUUGACGGGUUUAUAGUGAUAGCUUCAUUUAUAGUAGAUCUCGUCUUCCUCAAAGGUUUACAACAGUUCACAGUCCAGGAGUUUGUCAUGAUUCUCGCCUUUAUGGUACCGUGGAGAAUUAUUCGAGUUGUUAACAGUCUCAUCGUUGCCAUCAUGGAUCAUGAACAUUUACGACUGGUACUCCUUUACAAGCAGAAAAAGAAAAUAUCACAGGAACUCAAAGAAUUAAAGGACGAGAAUAAGGGUCUUGAGGCUUGUAUUGACGCCUUACAGAAGAUGUGUACAGACGCCGGUCUUCCUGAAUCAUAUAUUACAGCGAAACUCAAUUUGUACCGUAAAGUAAAAGCUAAAACGAAUGCUCUGGGUGCAAUGUCUAAUUUCGCCAUGGGAGGUGCUGCAAUGAAUAAACCUUUUACAGCUGGUGUGAUGUCGCCACAAAACGUCACAAUUACUAAUGAAACAACCUCAAAACAAGCAAAACAACUAGAAGAUGUUCUGACUGAUAAACAAGAUAAAGUUGAUGAUGAAGCUGUUGAUAUAAGACUGCGUAACAACACAUAUGAUGAGAUCACAGGAAGGCCAAGAAGCCGGUCAGCAAUAAUGACAAGGGAGGCUUCUAAAGACGACAAAAAUUUGGUGGCAAUUCUUGCAGAAAACACAGCUUCUUUUAUUGCAACAAUAAACAGAGAUGACGCCGAAUUGAGCUCGAUUAAUGGAAGUUUAGAGUAUAUGGAUUCUGGUGUGGGUGGUGAAAGCUCGUAUGCUCUAUUGGAAACGGAUAGAAGCGACAACGCGACGUCACCAGGAAGCACGUGGGAAAGCAGACGAAAACACAGACGACUCUAACACCUCCUUCUGUUCCACAACAGACUCUUUCGACAGCAAACAUAAAGAAGAUAAAGAGGGUCUGAUGAAAACUGAGGAAGACGCAAAUGGUAAAAACCUUCAAGGCUUUGAUAAUCCAGUAAGCCGAUUGUGAUGACGCCCUGCCUUUGAUUAUAAAAUCCUCGUGCCUGGAGAUUGUUAUUGAAUUUUUUAUUCCAUUCGUUUAUUGGUUUGAGAACUUUGUGUACAGUACAGUCUUCGUGUUUUCUUUGUAUGUGUUUCAGGAAAAAGUUAUACAUACAUAAAUAUGUUAUGAUUCUUAUGAAUACGAGAAAUAAAUAUGAACUGAGUGACUAUCCGAAAGCCAGAUAUGAAACAUGAAGGAACCCAAUCUCAAAAUCAAUCUAACUAAAGUUCAGAUCUACUUAUUUCUUACGCGUAGCGUUAUUUAGGAGUUGAUUUUAAUCAGAUUGGUCUCAAAAUAUGACAUUCCACCCAUACAGACAUCUUGGUUAGUUUAUGUGCUGUACUAGAAUGAAGCCAAUUUACAUGUUACGUACUUUUCCAAUGAAUGUUUGUCUUUGUAUAUAACUUAGUCAGACCUGUGACUUAUGAUUCAUUUUAAGUUCCAGGUCAGACCUUUUGUACAGUAUUGUUGAUACUAUGCAAACCUUGACUAGUAUUAAAGGUACAUUUUCAUACAUAACUCAUUAAAACCUGGAAAAAUGGAUCUCCCUUCCUAAAAUGCCAGUAUAACAAACCAAAAGUGGUAAACAUAAGCGUAUGCUUGUAUAAAUUAAGAUUUUUUAGAUGUUAACAGUUUUCUUUGACAUUCAUCAUUAUGAGUUGCUUGACAUAUAUGGCUUAAACUUGAAGUUUGUAGAUAGAUCUUGGAGAAAUAGAUAAACAUACAUGUAUAUCUGUUUUCAAAGACUGAACGUUUUUUUUUUAUUUAAUCUCUCAUAUGCUUUCCGUGAAAUGCAAUUAAAAAUGCUGUUUUUACAAUUUGAUGAAAAUGUGCCUUACUUUUAUGUGAAAACAAAUCAGUAAAAUAAAGUAUACAGCAAUAAAAAUAU